GAUGAUAACACACAGUCACAUUGACAUCACAUAAAAAGCUUGCGACAAUGAUGGACGAUAGCACAGAGCUUUCCGUCUCUAUAACGCAGAUUGUUCAGAGGCUCAAAGGCACGCAUUUACACUCUCAGCUGGAGAAACAGGCUAAAGAAUGUCUGCACAAACCCGAAAUUAAACUUGAAACACUGAAAGACGAUGUCAGAAGAGUGUUAAAGGCAUCAGGUUGGGAGAGGAAAUUGCAGAAUGCAGUUUACAGGGAAUUGCAUGUAUUGCCUCCCCCUGGACACCCCAGAGCCCCUCCUGAACACACCAAAGAGCCCCUGGCAUACAUGCUCAAAGCCCAGGCAAGCUGGGAAAAGAGGAUCCUGAAGAGUCUGAACAGUAUGUGCACUGAAUUGGGAAUCCCACUAGCAAGGAAGCGUCCUGUCAUGGAACAAAAGGAGCUGACAAACAAAUGGAAUGAGAUGGGAACUGAUGAACCAGACCUAAGCAAUUUCAGGCCUGUCUACGCACCAAAAGACUUCCUUGAGGUUUUAAUUGGUUUAAGGAACCCGAAUACCGAGCGCAGUGAUGAUCUGACAGUCAAAAGCCACUGGGGAUUAAUCCAGGUUUCACUUAAUGUCCAUGACAUUCCUCAAAUGAGGGAAACUUAUGCAGAACUGGGUCUUUCUUAUGGACAGCUUGGUAUAGACGAUCACACUCAUGUUCCUCCAGAUUUGUUUGAGAGUGAGCACAUUCACAUCGGAAAAAAAGUGGUGAGCGAGCAGGACAGUGCAGCGGCGCAGCAGUACAGCAGGCAGGGCUGCCCUACAGGCCUCAGGGCCCAACUCUGGAGCCUUAUCCUGAAUACCACUAAUGAUCCUGAGGACAUAACACAUUAUGAACAGCUCAAAGCCAGAGUUAUACACCAUAACCUGCUGGUGGACAACCUAAUAUAUAAGGACGUAAAACUUACCGCAAGUAAUGACGAUUACUACUUUGUGUUUGAGGAUUACUUAUAUCAGGUCUUACUUUGUUUUUCUCGAGACACUGCAGUGCUGGAGCAUUUCAACUACAACAGUGCAUCGCCACCGAAAUCUUGCAUCCAAAGCAAGUCUGGCUCCGAGCAGUGUGCUGUGGUUUACCCGCCAAAUGGUGUCAUCCCAUUCCAUGGCUUCUCAAUGUAUGUGGCUCCUCUGUGUUUUUUAUAUAACGAGCCAUCUAAGCUGUACAGUGUGUUUAGGGAGAUGUAUAUUCGCUACUUCUUCAGACUACACUCCAUCUCCUCACAUCCAUCUGGUAUAGUGUCUCUAUGCUUGCAGUUUGAGAGGUUACUACAGGCUCAUCUUCCUCAGCUUUUCUACCAUCUACGAGAGAUCGGAGCCCAGCCGUUACGUAUUGCUUUCAAAUGGAUAGUCAGAGCCUUCUCAGGAUACCUGUCCACUGACCAGCUCCUGUUGUUAUGGGAUCGUAUCUUAGGAUACAAUUCCUUGGAGAUUGUAGCCGUCCUGGCCACUGCUGUCUUUGCCUUCAGAGCCGAAAACCUAAUGGAAGUGACAUCACUGGCAUCAGCUGAGGCUGUUCUUGCUGACCUCUCAACCUUGAAGGUGAUGCCAUUGCUGCAGAUCUUUCUCUUCGCCACUUCCAUCUGAACUAUGAGUAUUUGCUGCUGGGGGCUCAAAUUCAAAAUCUUAUUUGAUACUGCCUCUCACAAUUCAGUAAAUUUGCAAAUAGAUCAGUUGUAAAUGCAUUCAUUUACAGUGGAGUGAAUUAAAAGGCAUUUGGUUGUUUUGCUCAUAGUUUGAACUACAGGCAACUAGAUAUGGGAGAGAAUAAUAAAUGAUCUAUAUGCUGUGUAA